ACACUGCUGAAAAUUCAUGUGCGCGUUUAGUGUCUCUGACUCUGCGAGAAUAAAGACAGAGAGAGAGAGAGAUGGGGAGGAGUCCAUGUUGCUCCAAGGAAGGACUCAACCGAGGAGCCUGGACGGCCAUGGAAGACAGAAUUCUCACAGCUUAUGUUACAGCUAAUGGAGAAGGCAAAUGGAGGAAUCUCCCCAAGAGAGCUGGUUUAAAGAGAUGUGGUAAGAGCUGUAGACUUCGAUGGUUAAAUUAUUUAAGACCAGAUAUCAAGAGAGGUAACAUAUCCCAUGACGAAGAAGAACUCAUUAUCAGGCUCCAUAAGCUUCUUGGUAACAGAUGGUCUCUUAUCGCUGGAAGGCUCCCUGGGCGAACAGACAAUGAAAUCAAGAACUAUUGGAACACUACUCUGAGGAAGAAAGCUAGUGCUCAGUCAACUUCGCCACAAUCCAACUAUUCUAGACAGAAAAGGCUAGCCACUGAACCCAACAGCUCACCACAGCCAGCCAAAGUCAUCCGCACCAGGGCCACUAGGUGCACCAAAGUCCUUAUCCCAUCACAGUCUCCACCUCUUCUGCCUGAAUUUCACCCUAGUCAAGAUUUGGAUUCUUCUCCACCACUCCACUGUGGAGCAGUUACUAAUGAGGAGGUUGAUCAGGAUUUAGAUUUGUUGAAUUUUCUCGACUGCCGUGGAUUUCAAGACAGCCAUGGAGAUGGUGCUCUACUGGACUUCCAAAGCAAGGACUUAGCCUUGGAGGAUCCCCCAAUGUUCAAGGACUUGGCCAACACUGCUUCUCUCGAGGAUAAUGCCAAUUUGGACCUUGAUUCCCUAGUAUAUUUGCUUGAUUCGGAGGAAUGGCCACUGCACUGAUAGCUUUAUUUAGAGAAAAUAUUUAUUAUAAUAUAGAAAAAAACAAACGAAUUUUAAAUAAUGUUAGCCUUGUUGUAUGUCUCUUGUAUAGUUUGAAAUGACUACUUAACUAUUAGCACGUGGGUAACGGUCGUGGGCCAUAUUUUAUUAAUAAUCUAAUGUUGAAAUUUUCAAUGCUUAUAA